GCAUACAAAGGAAUUUAAACUACGCACAAAAGGUUCAUCGUUGACCGAUACGCAAUCAUAUUUCCUUUUCCGGUUUCUCACGCGGACACUAUUGACAAUGUGGAGUUUCUGAUGAUUUGUCUGUGGAUUUUGGAACUGGCUUAUUUAUAGUCUAUAUUGAAGAAAUUAUUAAUUCCCUAUGUCGAAUUCCAAAGUAGAAAAGGACAUGAAGCGUAAAAGUUCAUUUAAAGCAGAAUGGCUUAAGGAAACAAUAGAAACUGCUGCACCGAAAGCUCAUGAUGUCGGAAACUUACAACUAUGAGAAUUAUUUAUGUACAAUACAGAAAGUUGUGUUACCUACAUGUAUUGUCGCAAUGCAAUAGUUGCUGGAGAAUUUGCAAGUGGAAAGAAGUGGUGUGAUAUCUGGAAACAUAACUGUUUAAAGCGUCAAUUAGUAAACAAAUCACAUCUGGACGGUGUGCAAAAGCUCAGGGCCCCAAACAGUCCUUCCAGCUGAGGCAACACUUCACUUGUGAGUCUGGUGGGGUAAUCUAUUCCAUCCAGUGCUCCCGGUGCGGCCUCCUCUACAUCGGCAAGACCCGACGCAGAUUGGGGGACUGCUUCGUCGAGCACCUGUUGUCCGCCACAACAGACGGGAUCUCCAGGUUGCCACUCACUUCAACUCUCCUUCACAUUCCCAUUCGGAUAUGUCCAUACACGGCCUCCCCUACUGCCAUGAUGAGGCCAAACUUCGGUUGGAGGAACAACAUCUCAUCUACCGUCUGGGUAGUCUCCAGCCCCUUGCUUUCUCCCUUCAGAGGAAAAAUAUGCGAACGUGUUCAUCCACCGGAAAUAACAUGAUGAUCUUUGCGUUUCUUAUUGGAAUUACAGUUUUGGUUUACUAUUUUCUCCCAAAUGUCCUUCUUUCUGAUACAAAGCCUUCAGGGCUCCCACAGACACUAGAUAUGAGUAACAGCCGGCUGCUCUCAGUCAAUGUCACUGUGCAUUAUACCCAAAAUGCAGUAACACUGGACAUGUCCUACAGAGAAGCAGUACCACCAGGAAAGAAUGGAGAAAGAUCACAGCCGAGAUUGGAAAUACUGCUGCUUCAUGGACAGGCAUUCAGCUCUAAGACCUGGGAAAGUCUUGGGACACUUAACCUUCUUGCACAACAAGGAUACAGAGCUCUCGCAGUGGACUUACCAGGAUUUGGAAAUACCUCACCCUUGGAGGUUGAGAAAACGGAUAAGGACCGGGCUGACUUCUUGUUGACCUUCAUGAAUGCUAUGGACCUUCAGACGCCAGUCCUGAUCAGUCCGUCAAUGAGUGGUCGUUUCUCCAUCCCAUUUGUGAUGUUUCAUAACCAGAGACUGAAGGGCUUUGUCCCUGUUGCACCCAUUGGGACAAAUGGCUACAGUGCUGAACAGUAUCAGAAAAUCCAGACCCCAACACUCAUCAUAUUUGGAGAACAGGACACAAACCUGGGUGUACAGUCCCUGAAGAAUCUCAGACACCUUCCUCAUCACAACAUCAUCAAAAUACCCACAGCACACCAUGCUUGCUAUCUGGAUGAACCAAAAAAGUUUCAUGAUGCUCUGUUGGACUUCCUAACUAAACUUCAGUUGACAGCUGGCUGAUGUUAUUUUUGGUUUGCUGCUGGCAGACAAUUUAAGAUCGGCGUUUUUCAUAAAUACAAGAAGGACACAAAUAGACAUUGAGUAUUUUACUUAAAAGUAACCUUCAACCCAACGUCUUUUUUUCGGAGUUCAAAAUGUUUUUGUUUCAUGCAGAAAUGUAAUUUCGUUUUGUUACGUAUCCCGUAACUGGAUAACUUACCAGCAAAGAUAGAGAGGUCCAUUGAAGUCUGAUGUCACUAUUUUCAAACAUUUUUAUUUAUAAAGGGGCACAAAAGUAAGGUGAAUGCAAACAUUCAGAUAAUGCAUGUCACCAAUACUCAAUCUAAAACAUGGGUAUAGUAAUAAUCAUCAUUAAGAAGUAAUCUCGGCUGUUGUCUAGGGGAUAAUAUUUUUGUCCAUUGGAAAUAUAAAAAGUCAUUCAGAAGUCUGCAGACUUUAGCCUUUUGAGGAAUCGUUGGGUUUCACGUGUUUUAGAGGGAUCGGUGAAAACAAAAAGAAAACUUGCCCAGGUCUUUCUGAAGCCACUCCGUUAAAUCAGGGGAGCGUUGUUUUCCCCGUUGUUAGUUCGAAUCCUUCUCGGUAUUAUCAGCCACCCGCUCCCUAGGCCAAAGGAGUUAGGAGCGCACGUGGCAUUGAGUGGCUUCCAGCUCUCACGGGAGCGUUGAGCGAGCGAGUUCUUCUGGUGCAUCGCUCGGGUACUGCCUCCUGCAGUCCGCUUUUAUCUUUACUUGCAGAGUUGUAGAUGUCCAUCAAAGUAGGGUGAGGCAAUCUCCACCCCCACAUUGCCCGAGGGUGUCCAUGUCCAUGGUAGCUGUCACGUAGCAGGGACAUGCACGUGACACAGGUGCCUUUAAGAACAAUGGCCAGAACCGUUGCAUUGUCUCUCACUUCUGAGACCCGAAUUAAUAGCGAUCCUGCAAUUCUCCGGAAGGAGGGGGCUGCUCCCGCUCCUUCGGCCCCUCAGAGCUGUGGUACCUUCAUAACACCUCCCCUCUAAAAACCGCGUUUUUUAGCAGCGGUUAAAAACGGAGUUGUACAGUGUCUUACAGGAUUUUUAAUCUAACACAAUACCCAAGCUUUUUCUCUUCACAGAAUACUACCGUUAUACAUUCAAGUCAGUAUCUAAAUAGUUAACAAUUACAGUGCCCCUUUCUUUAAUAUCUUAAAAUCGCAUACCGUACUAAAGUCUUGUAGCAUCAGACUUCAAUUCAAUAGGCAUCUAUUUAUUAUUUUUUUUUCGCAACAAAACUAAGGAGGUGUGACCUUAGCUUAGGUGCAUUUACAAAAGUUUAUGCGAACACUGAUUGUUUCAGUCGUUUUACGUAACCAGCAGGUCUCCAAAGGGGCUGUCUUUAUUAUUCACAGGCUUUGGUGCAAACCCGUUCAACCUUCUCGGUUGUUUAACAAUGGCAUCUCCAUUAACCGUUGCCUCUUUUUCGGCGAGCCCCCCCAUGGGGACUCGAGUUAUUUUUCGUGGUGAACUCCCGCCAGUCUCGUUCAUCGGGGUUAUUUUAGCAACUUAGACCAUUUCCACCCAAUUCUUUGAUUUUACCCAGGUGGCUGGCCCUUUUAUCAGUCCCCUUCAGGCUAUUGGUGUUUGAUUCGAACUCUUCACUCAAGUAGCAUUUCGAAGGCACCCCACUCCACACCCCAUCCUGGCAUAACAAUAGAGUGGGGGGCCCCGCUAUCCCCCGGCUCACUCUGUGAGCGAUCCGCCAGGUUUAAGAUUUCUUCCUUCGAUUUGGAAACUACAGACUUUCCGUUUCCUUCAAUAACAAUCCUCAUCCCCCCCAUUCUUAAAUUCUGCAUUAACAUUGAACCCACCUUCGAGUACAAACACCGGGGAACUCACACUUCCCCCGGUUACCAAGGUUAACCCUUUUCCCACUGAACCAAGUCUAUCUGACCCACAAGGACGGCCGGCCCGUUCCACUGAAUCAGAUACCUCGGACUUCUUCUGAGCUCCGUUACCAGGUUCAGCACCUCGUGCGUCCCCAUCUCGGACACACUCAAACGGGACAUUGGCCUCUUCCAGACUUUCAACACCCGUACCUUUUUCAAAUCCUAACUUCCCCCGAUCCUCCCAGUUACUCUCUGGGUAGCUCCCACCCGGGGAAGGCACAACCCUGCGAGCUGAAACAACCUCCUCGGCCUUUUCAGCAGACUCCUUCGAGGCAAGGGUAUCCUUUCCAUCUAGGACUGCCCUCCUCUCAUUAUCGGGAACACCUUUAGAACUCUCAAGUUCUUCAAACAAUUCUGCCAAACCAGACAGAUCAUCCAUGUCCAACUCUGGACCUUUUAACAGCUUUAUCUGUUUCUCAUCUUUAUUUCCUACCUUUAGGACCUUUCUCUUUGCUAAGGGCAGAUCUAUCUCCUUUCCCUUAUGCCCUUUCACUUUACUACGCUUCGUCUUACCACCCUCUUAAACCCUCAUGGCACAGGGUCAGCAAAGACGUCUCGGCCAAAUCAAAACUGGCCAGAUUUAAACUGCUCUCGUUCUCAGCUGUCUCUUUCGACAUGCUGCAAGUGACCGCGCCGGUGAGAUGGUCCCUGGGCGCUAGGGGCGGGGCCACCACACUCGCCAGUCGCCAGGUCGGCAGCAUUGCUGACCAAACCUUACCCCCUGCUAAGUUGUUUCCCAGCAGGAUGUCCACGUCAGCUCUCGGGAAUUCUGAGGGCACCCCUAUUUCAACUGAUCCAUACACCAGCUCACAAUCCAGAAUGACCUUAUAUAAGGGCACCAUUUCUAUCCUUUUAUUUAUUCCUUCCUCCUUUACCAUGCCCGUUUCCCGACCAAAUUCUAGUACCUUACGGCUAACCAGGGAUAGUACAGCGCCCGUAUCCCUCCAGAUUCGUACGGGAACUGGUGUGUCUCCCUCCAUCACAGACACAGUUCCGUGUGACAGACAACUCUCAGAGCCUUCUCGUACUCUGUCUACCCUCGGCUCUCUGGUCGAUUUGCUGAUUACUACGGCACACCCGAUAGGGACUGCGGCUUUCCCUCUUCCUAUCUCCUUACUUGGAGCAAAGCAUCGAGAUGCAAUGUGCCCCUCCUUUCCACAAUUAAAAUAGGUCAAACCCGGAACCCUCUGGCCGUCUUGCCUUUCCCCCUCAACCUUACUGCUAGCUCCCGGUGGGACCUCUGCCUCCCUUGUCGGACUUUCUCAAUCGUUCCCAUGGUCUCUCUAGGGACCUUUAUUCGAGGAAGUCUUUGUCUUGUGGGUUAGGACAUAUUCGUCUGCAAACCUAGCAAAUUCUGAAAUGGACUUAUCCAGCUUCUCAUUCAAAUACAUCCGGAUCUCCUCCGGAACACAACUUUUAAAUUCCUCAAUCAAAAAUAACUCCCUGAGACGCCCAUAAUCCUCGUCCACCCUUUCUGUGGUGCACCAACGGUCCAAGAGCACCCACUUCUCAUGGGCUAGCUCGGUAUACGUUUGAUUCCACCCUUUUCUUAAAUUUCUAAACUUUUGUCUAUAGGUCUCAGGUACCAAUUCGUAAGUCCGGAGAAUGGCCUUCUUUACCUCAUCAUAAUUCUCCGCUCCUCCCUCCUCCAGGGACAACGCCGCAUAUGCUCGUUGGGCCUUCCCCUUUAACACACUUUGUAACAAUGCCACCCACUGCUCUUUUGGCCACUUCUGAUUUGCUGCCACCUUUUCAAAAAGCAAGAAAUAACUAUCGACAUCUGUCUCCUUGAAUGGGGGCACCAAUCUCAACUCCCUACUAACACUAAACCACUCCACUUGGUCUAACCCUUGAUCUCUUUGCUCGUUCCUCAUCUUCUCAAUUUCCCGGUCAUGUUGCCUCUGUUUCUCUUUCUCGGCCCAUUCCCUCUCUUUCUCUUCAGCUUCUAGCUUCUUUAGGUGAAUUUCAUGCUGUCUUUGCCUUUCUCUCUCUCUCCGCCGCUUCCAGCUCUUUUAACUUAAUUUCACUUUCCAACCUUAAUUUCUCCACCUCGAACUGAACCGUCACACUUGAUGGUACUUUUUCAGGGAUAUCUUCCAAUACCACAUCUUCAAACACAUUCUUCCCAAUGUAAUACUGAGUUAUGGCCCUUCGUACCUCCCGCUUUUUCAUGGACGACCUCACUUCUGCGAGGUUCAACCCCUUCGCUAAAUUUAACAAGUCUGAUUUGGUGGCCAGUCGGGUUUUUCAUAAAUUCACCCACGUCCAUCUUUGCUGGUUUCCCAUCUGGCUACCCGCUUAACCAGAUUCAAGUUUUGGACUUACAAGCCCGAUUCACUGGCCUCCCAAUUUGGUGUCAAAUCCCGGACGAGCCCCCAAGUUGUUACGUAUCCCGUAACUGGAUAACUUACCAGCAAAGAUAGAGAGGUCCGUUGAAGUCUGAUGUCACUAUUUUCAAACGUUUUUAUUUAUAAAGGGGCACAAAAGUAAGGUUAAUGCAAACAUUCAGAUAAUGCACGUCACCAAUACUCAAUCUAAAGCGCGGGUAUAGUAAUAAUCAUCAUUAAGAAUUAAUCUCGGCUGUUGUCUAGGGUAUAAUAUUUUUGUCCAUUGGAAAUAUAAAAAGUCAUUCAGAAGUCUGCAGACUUUAGCCUUUUGAGGAAUCGCUGGGUUUCACGUGUUUUAGAGGGAUCGGUGAAAACGAAAAGAAAACUUGCCCGGGUCUUUAUGAAGCCACUCCGUUAAAUCAGGGGAGCGUUGUUUUCCCCGUUGUUAGUUCGAAGUCCUUCUCGGUAUUAUCAGCCACCCGCUCCCUAGGCCAAAGGAGUUAGGAGCGCACGUGGCAUUGAGUGGCUUCCAGCUCUCACGGGAGCGUUGAGCGAGCGAGUUCUUCUGGUGCGUCGCUCGGGUACUGCCUCCUGCAGUCCGCUUUUAUCUUUACUUGCAGAGUUGUAGAUGUCCAUCAAAGUAGGGUGAGGCAAUCUCCACCCCCACAUUGCCCGAGGGUGUCCAUGUCCAUGGUAGCUGUCACGUAGCAGGGACAUGCACGUGACACAGGUGCCUUUAAGAACAAUGGCCAGAACCGUUGCAUUGUCUCUCACUUCCAAGACCCGAAUUAAUAGCGAUCUUGCGAAUCUCCGGAAGGAGGGGGCUGCUCCCGCUCCUUCGGCCCCUCAGAGCUGUGGUACCUUCAUAACAGUUUUCUCUGCAGGAGUUCAUCGAUUUCAUAAAUGCAACACAUUAUAGUUUGUUUAUAAAUUGCAUAAAGGGAAAAAAAAACAUUG